AUGCUCUAAAAUCAUAACUAAAUGAGGUCUAAAAGUGUUGGAACAAGUGAAAAUUUUGCAAAAAUUUCAUAAAAUACAGAUAAGCAUUCAAAUUCAAAUUUUGCUACUUCCGUUUCAAAGAAUACGCCUUAUAGCUAAGGAAAAAGUACAUUUUUCGGCAGUACUUAAUCACAAUAUGAUAAUUAGAAUUUAAGAAAGGAUUAAUUAAAUAUUUAAAUCUCUGAAUUUACUCCAUUUGUUAAGCAAACGGAAAAAAGUAAUGUUUAAACUGAUUCUGAAGAAUUAAAAUAUAUUGUAAGUCCUUAGAAAAUAGGUUUGGCUUAAGUCCAUUAAGCUAUUUAAAUGAAAACAAAAAGGUAGUGUAAUUUGAAAAGUCGUGUUAAGUCUAAUGAUUUAAGUAAUUAUACCAAUAAUUAAUAAAUUGUUAUUUAAAAUUAGUCAGAGCUAUUUAAUGCUAAGAAACAUAGAGAAAAUGAAAGCUUAAACUAAAAAAAACUCUCUCAAACUAAAUUUAAUUUUAACAUAAAAUAUUUUUUUAAAUAACCUUAAGAAAUAAAUGACUAGAAAAAUGUUGAUAAAUGCUUAAAAGAUGAGUAAACUCCUUAAAAAAACCAUCUUUUUUCUACAACAUCCGCUAACCUAAGAUAUCAAAAAUAUAAUAUACUUAGCUCUUAAAAUCGCUCCUAGUUAAAAGAUUUAGCUAUCCCUUUUCAACAGCUAAAUAAAUAAAAAAUAAGUAUACCAAAAUGCUUAUUACCAAUUUAGUAGCAAAAUUCUCAAAAUAUUUUAAGUUAAGAACUUUAAUUAAAAUCUUCAUUUGAAAAGAAUUAAAUAAAAUAGUAAAAAUAGAAUUUAAUUAGUUAAGAACUGCUUAAUCCUACCUAGAAAGAAGAAAAAAUAAAUGAAAAUAAAAAUGUUAAACAUUAUUUUUUCAAUAGCUUUUUACUCAAGCGGCCUAAGAAUAAUACAAAUUCUAAAUAAGAAUAUAAUAACUUAUCUCUAAAAGCAGAAAAGAGUUCUAUAGUAAAGAAUACCUUUGAUGAAGAUGAAAUAAAGUAGCAAACUUAAAAUGUUGACAUUUCAAGUGAUUUGUUUUCAAAAUUUAAAGCUAAAGGAUCUCUUUUUGAUAUUGGAUAACUUGAUGGAUAAAUGUCUUGUUUGAGCAAAAAAUCAUCUAAUUUUAGCUAAACUUAAGAAAAUACUGAGCUUAAAACACUCAAUUAGGUUUCUUUCAGCUAAAAUAACUUGCAAUCUGAUGGAAGUGAUAUUAGAAGCUUAAGUAGAUUGAAUCUUCGAAAAGGCCAAGUUUCUCAAGAAAGUAAUAUCUCAUAAAAUGCUUCUCAAACUGCUGCUAAUACUACAAAACUAAGAUAACUUUCUUUGAAAGAUAGGUUAGUAACCAUAGCGGAAUAAGAUACAAAGCAAAUAGAAUAAAUUUCGCCUAACAAAUACUAAAUCGUUGUUUCGCCUCACACCCCUGUAUCUACUUGGUAAGAAAAAAAUUUAAUACCUCUCGAAAGCCCUUCGAAGCGAUAAAAUAUGCCCCCUUCCCCAUUAAGUCAAAGCCCGGUAUCGGUAAGAAGGAGAAUGUACGAUUUGUAAGCAAUAGAUAGUGUAAGUUUUUAAGUAAAGGAUUAACAGAUUGGUUUAGGUAUGUAAGGUAUUCAAAAUAAUCAAGAACAAAUUAUAAAUAACUCUAAAGAUUAGUAAAAAUAAAAAACUAGUUAUAAAUUAACUAAAUUAAAAUCACAAAUAGAAACACUUAUCCCUCUUACACUUAAAAGGAUAGUUGAAAAGCCAUUUAAAUAAAAUAUAGAAGUAAUUAAGUAUGGAUUAUCUAGAAGUGAUCCCUAAGGACCUAAAAUAUGUAUAAAUGAAUUUGAAAUAUUUUAAAUAUUUAUCCGUAUAAUUGAUCACUAUGAUACUGCUAUGAAAAAUGAAAAUGACACAUUUAGGAAAAUGCAUUCAGCUCAGAAUUAGCUUUUGGAAAGGUUAAUAAAUAAAAUAACAAGUGUACAAGAUGCUAUCAAAACUAUAUUUAACAUAAAACAGGGAUGCUCUAAAAUAUCUAAAAUCAUCUAUAAACUCUUCGAAGGAAUAUCUCAUUUGAGAUUCAUUUUUUUCGAAGCUGAGGUGCUAUCUCCUGAAAAGAUUGCUUUACUGGAAAUGCAAACAAAAGAAGAUAGUGUACCUCCUCUAAUUAAUGAUACUUCUAGCAAAAUUUUAGCAGAUAGAUUGUUUCAUAAUAAUUUCAGUUUCAAGGAUAGAGAGUUAUGUGAACAACUUUUAUGA